AUGCCUGAACCUCGUCCGAAGUGUCUUAAAAAAGUGCUGCAUUCAGGACGGGGUAUAAUUCCAGAAUAUCGAACUGGUACUAAAGCCGUGUUUCAUUAUGAGACCUUAAAACCUCGGAUUUUGAAAAAACGUGUUCAGUUUAGAGAUGGCUAUGAAGUGAUUGACAACACACGAAGCAACUGGCCAGAUGGGUACGGGAAACCGCUGGAGUUAAUAUUUGGCAAGAAAUUCCAGCUUCCUAUUUUUGAAACGUGCUUGCAAACAAUGCUGGUUGAUGAGAUCUCACAAUUUGAUGUGGAACCCAGUGAGUUGUGCACUUAUCCGAUGGUGUCAAAAAAACUACGAGAUAUGGUCAAACCUCACACAAAAGGUCAUUCUCAUUCACACGAUUCACACAUGUGUGUAGCUGCCCUGACCGCUGGCACUGGUUAUGCUGCUCUGGACGACCUUAUGAAAGAGCCUCGUCCACUUCGGAUUAUUUUUCACUUGUUGUCUGUCACACAACCUGAGCAUUACGAAGCGGAAGGGUGGCAGCUCAACUCGGAGGAGAAAAUGAAGUCCGUGGAGACUCUGCGGUUACAGGGGAAUGAACUGUUCACACAGAAAAAUUUCGAAGGGGCCAUUGAUAAAUAUCGAGAAGCGUUGGGACGUCUUGACACUCUUAUUCUUCGGGAAAAACCAGGAGAACCAGAAUGGUUGGAGCUGGACCGAAAAAAUGUUUCUUUGUAUUCAAACCUUUCCCAGUGCUACCUAAAUGUCGGUAAUAUGUACGAGGCCGCUGAGACAGCUUCCGAGGUAUUGUCCCGAGACCCUAACAACGAAAAGGCACUCUAUCGAAGGGCAAAAGCUCGCAUUGGAUGCUGGCUGCUGGACGAGGCUGAGCAGGAUUUGAAGAGAUUAGCCUUAUUGCCCAACACUGAGUCUUUAGUGAAAUCUGAGAUGGCGAUUUUAACACGAAAACGGAUGGAGUUUGCAGAAAGCAAGAAAAAAACAUAUUCAAAAAUGUUCAAGUGA